AUGGCUACCAAGGCGGCCUUUAAACGAGUGCGUGACCCUCCGAUUCCGAUACUCAGACUAGGCGACGAACCCAGUUUUCAUUCUUAUCGGUCUAACGAUCUUUCUAUGCAGCUCACACGAGAAUAUCAAAAUAUUCAAAAAACUCCACCGCCCUAUAUUGUUGCACAUCCAUCUGAGACCAAUAUUCUAGAGUGGCACUAUAUCUUGACGGGACCACCUGGGACCCCUUACGAGAAUGGACAAUACUGGGGCACCUUGAUGUUCCCUCCCGAGUACCCGUUUGCUCCUCCUGCGAUCCGCAUGCACACGCCGAGUGGCCGAUUCCAACCGUCUACCCGUCUUUGUUUGAGCAUUAGCGACUUUCACCCCAAAUCCUUCAACCCCGCCUGGGAAGUUUCCACCAUUCUGAUCGGACUUUUGUCCUUCAUGACCAGUGAAGAGAUGACGACCGGCAGUGUAAGCGCUUCCGAAGGGGAGCGACGGGUUCUGGCCGCCCGAUCACGGUGGUGGAAUUCCACCGGAGGAGGCUCCCACACCAGCACCACCCCCGGAGUAACCCGAACCGCCAAAGGAAUCAAUAACGUCAAGGCAGGCGACGGAGGGGUGAAGUUCCGCACCGAGUGGCCCGAGCUGGACCAGGAGAACUGGACAUGGAUGAAGGAACACCGGAUCGACACAAGCACAGGACAGAUCCUUCCAGAUCCCAACGCCCCCACCAAGUGCUCCCCGGAGACCAGUGCUUUACGUCGACGACCUACCGGCAGUGCUGCUGGAAUUGGCGCCGUGAUGGAGGGUGGGCAUGUGGCUCGAGAGGCGGGACAAGGCUGGGCUUGGCGGCACCGUCUGUGGAUUGGACUAGCCGUGUUGUUUGGCUAUGCGUUGCUAUCGCGGCUUGUCAGUGAUAUCCAGGGAUGA